UGAGCUUAUCUCUCUACCAUUCUCUCUUCUUCUUUGAAGCUUUUGUACCAAAAACCCUAGAUUUUCAUUUUUGUUAAUAUGGUAUCGAGAGCCAAUGAUUCCUUUGUGGAGUUACUGAUCUUUCAGUAAAAUAUUCUUCGGAGUCUGCCGCAUGUAUUGGUGCUGAUUCUUUGAGCAAUUUUUCUAAAGUCGGUGCUGGUUCGUUUAGAAUUUUAUUUUAUUUUAUUUUUUUUCAAGAUCCUAUUCAAUCUUUGACGUUUUGUUGUUGGUUUCAAAGAAGUUCUUACAGUUGAUUAGCUCUGCAAAAUUUCAAGAUUCAUUAUUUGAGGAUCUGGAUUCUUGAUUUCCCAUCCAUGGCGGUGAUUUCUGCUUGCGUUUUUCACGUUGUGUUUUUAUUUUAUUUUAUUUUAUUUUAUUUAUAUUUUCUGAGCCUUGCUUUUUUUGUUCAUCUUAGCAUAUUGAAGUAGUAUAAAGGCCAAUGCCAUAGUAUAUUGUGAAUCUAUUGAAGAAUUGUUUGAAGGGCAAUGCCAUGUUUACUGGAUUGAUGUUGUGAAAUUGAGAUGAAUUGUUGAUCUGCUUAUUACAUCAUGAAUUCAUCAUCUGUCAAAAUUGAAAAUGUUAUUGGUAUGCUCAUAAUUCGACUGAGAGAUUCCAACUACUCUAAAUGGACUUUCCAAUUCAAGUCAUUGCUUAAAGGUUACAAGUUAUUUGAUCACUAUGAUGGCUCAUCUGUGUGUCCUCCAAAGUUUGUGAUAAAUAUAGAAACUGGUGUACUAAAGAAGUUACAAUUGCAUUUCAAGAAUGGGAAACUACUAAUCUUCCUUGCUUAGUCUUCUCAUUGCUACAUUGUCUGAUGAUGCCAUUGAACAUGUUCUUGGUUGCAAAACAACUCAUGAAGCUUGGACUACUCUUGAAGAUAGGUAUGCUACUGUGUCAAAAUCCAGAAUUAAUAUGCUCAAAACUGAGUUCAGACACUUCAAAAGGGUGCUGAUUCUAUUUACAAGUAUCUGUCAAGGCUGAAAUCCAUUAGAGAUCAACUUAUUGCAGUAGGGGAAUUCGUUUCUGAAAAUGAUAUGAUCAUUGCUGCAUUUUUUUAGUUACCAGGGGAUUAUGUUAUCAUUCGAAUAGUUAUUUUGGCUAAGGAGUCCUCUAUUUCUCUAAAAGAAUUAAGAGCUCAAAUGUUAAUUACUGAAAGUGAAAUUAAGGGCAUGGAAAACACUUUAUCUCAUCCCUUGGCAGCUAUGUUUAUGCAAGGAGGUUCUUCUUCACAGAAUUCUGUUGCAGGGUCUUCUUCGAGCUCUAAUUCUCAUGAUGAUCUGCCUUUUGCAAUAGUCAGUACAGCCACACCAAGAUCAUUCUAUCCUACCAAUGCUCCUUCUCCAAUGCAUUUUCGUAGCUCUGGCACACUACCUAUGCCUUCACCUAUGCCUCAACAAUUUCCAUCACCGUCAACUAUGCUUUAUCGUUAUGGUUUUGGAUUCACUGGAAGUGCUUCAAAUAAUUUCAAUCUAGGGCCUAGGUCUUCUAAUAAUUCCAGGAACUCUUUUGGAGGACAACAAAUCAUAAGCCUUUUUACAAUAAAGGAAAAGGUUAUGGUAACAACUAUAGGCCAAGGUAACAAAGGAGAUCAUUUACAGAGGAAAGAGUAGGCCUAAUGAGUUGUUUCAGAUUCCUGUGUUCAAACCAAUGUCUUCUUCAAGUCAGUUUUCAACUUCAACACAUCUUGGAUAGCUAAUAAAGUCAUCUAUUUGGCAUCAGCGGUUGGGACAUCCUACAAAUGAAGUAAUGUUAUCUAUGUUACAUGAGUCUAAGAUUUCUCAAGUGUUAAAUGAUACGUAUACAAUGUGUACAGAUUGUAUUCAUGGCAAAAUGGCAAGAUUACCUUUUUCUUAUAA